GUCUUCGGCUACUUGUCCCUUCGCCGCGAUCUCCUUGUCUGUUCUUGUCUUUUCGUGCAUCUGGUUGCGGAAGAAACCAUGGCCGCAGCCAUUUCCACUCUCUCCAUCCUCCUCAUGGUUUGGACGAUCAAAGCUGUUGAUGGAGCCGGCAUUGGCAUCAGCUACGGCAGAGCCGCAAGCAAUCUCCCCCCACCCGUCGAAGUCGCGCAGUUCCUCGCCCACAGCACCACCUUCGACUGCGUCAAACUCUUCGACGCCGACCCCGCCACCGUGCAGGCCUUCGCCAACACCGACCUCGCCGUCGACGUCACCGUGCCGAACGACCUCGUCGCCAACCUCACCGACCUCAGAUUCGCCCACAAAUGGGUGCGAACCAACAUCGUCCCUCGUGUCGACGACACCAACAUCGCCCGCAUACUCGUCGGCAACGAGGUGAUCUCGACGGCCAACAGGUCACUGGUCUCCAGCCUCGUGCCGGCCAUGCAGAACCUGCACACCGUCCUCACCAGCUUGUCGCUGCAGCACCGCAUCAAGGUCGCUUCCCCGCAGUCCCUCGGCGUCCUCUCCACCUCCAACCCCCCGUCCACCGGAAAGUUCAGGGAAGGGCGUGUCACCGAGGUGAUGAGGUCGUUGCUGAGCUUCUUGAGAGCCACCGGCUCCCCUUUCAUGGUGAACGCGUACCCGUUCUUCGGAUUCGCCGUCGACACGAUCGACUACGCCCUGUUCCGGCCGAACCCCGGCGUGGAGGACCAGAACACGGGGCUGGUCUACUCCAACAUGUUGGACGGGCAACUGGACGCCGUCUUCUCCGCCAUGAAGCGCUUGGGCUUCGACGACGUCGACAUCGUGAUAUCCGAGACGGGAUGGCCGUCGGUCGGCGACCCACGGGAGCUCGGCGUCAACGUCGAUAACGCCCGGGACUACAACAAGAACCUGGUGCAGCACGUCUCUUCCGGCACCGGCACGCCGCUCAUGCCCAACCGCACCUUCGAGGCGUACAUCUUCUCGCUCUUCGAAGAGAACCUGAAGCCCGGGCCUCUCUCCCAGCGGAACUUCGGCCUGUUUCAUCCUGAUCUGCUGCCCGUCUACGAUAUCGGAGUCCUAACAACAGAGGUGGGAGGUCAGGCCACUGCUCCAGUGCAAACACUGAACCCAACACCCUCCGAUUCAAAGCGAUGGUGCAUUCCGAAGCCGAACACCGACGUCCUGUUGUUGCAGCAGAACGUCGAGUAUAUCUGUGGGCAAGGCAUCGACUGCACUCCGAUUCAAUCAGGUGGUGUCUGCUACUUUCCGGACACGGUGCCAGCCCACGCUGCUUUCCUCAUGAACGAGUACUACCAAACCUUCGGAAGAAACGCAUUCGACUGCGACUUCGGACGGACCGGCAUGACCACCGCCAUCGAUCCAAGCUACGGGAGUUGCGUGUAUAGCUCAUGAACUGGAGACGGUGCACUCCGCUCAUUACAUCAUAGAUUUCUUUCUACAUAUGUGAUGCUUUUAGAAUUCUCCAGUGUGCUUCCCUCUUCUUCCUUAAUCGUUCCUCAUCUACUAAUCUAAUUCUUUACUCAGGAAUUUAAAAUGAUACCAAAAAUAUAAAUUGAGAUCAUAUUUUAUUUGCUGAUUUAAGCUUUAAAUACAAUGUGGCCGAUCAGAGGUAUCGGCCAUAAAAGAUGUGCCAAUAAUAUGUCAUUGCAAUAAAAGAUGCA